AUGGAGACGACCACAGUGACGCUACAAAGUGUCCCAGACACCCGGGACGAUGCCUUCGAGAGCAGGCUACGGGACCUCCUAUCCCGCACCAGGAAAGUCGAUGUGGCUGCUCUCGACCUCAGCCCGCAGAAGUCUUCCAACAGCAGCAGCAGCAUCCCCGCCGUUCUGCUAUGCUACGCCGAGGCCUUGAGAGAUGCACAUCUUACACCUGAAGCCGAAGCGCUGGACCAGGUUCGCGAGAAGGCGCUCGACAAGAAAGCCUUUGGCGGCCUCGGUCUGCAGGAGGACGAGGACAACAACGACAGCACCGCCACCUCUGCCCAGCAGUCAGAAGCCCUCUUCCUGGUCGAGGCGUGGCUCGAGGCCGUCAACUCGCGGGAACGGGCCCAGAACUUCUUGUCGUACAGGACCUCACCCGCCGAAGGGACAAGGCCCAUGACUCUGGCCCAGAAGAUCUUCGCGCAGCAUGUGAUUGGCGAGAAACCAGAGAACGGGCUGGCGGCCGGCGACGUCGUCCGGGUGGGCAUCGACUGGAUCCUGGCGUCGGAGUUGUCCUGUUUGGUGGAGCAGGGAAUGGCCCGGACGUGGAGACGCCUGGGUUCUCCGGGCAUCUGGCGCAACGACCGGUUCUGGCUGGCCGGCGACCACGUUGUCCAUCCUGCGGUGGCGCAGGUGCCCAAGAUCAAGGCGCUGGUGGAGGUCGCAGAGAAGGCCAAGCACGAGUUCAAGAUGACCGAGUACCAGGGCAUGAACUACACCAUCAUGCACACCGAGUUCGUGCGCGAGCGCGUCGAGCCCGGCAUGCUCGCCAUCGGGUCCGACUCGCACUCCUGCUCCGGCGGCGCCGUGGGCUGCCUGUCGAUCGGACUGGGCACGGCGGACGUGAUGAUGACGCUGGCCCUGGGCGAGACAUGGUUCAAGAUCCCCGAGUCGAUCCUCAUCGAGUUCGUCGGCCGGCCGGCCUUUGGCAUGUCCGGGAAGGACGUCAUCCUGUACAUCCUGGGCGAGCUCAAGCGCAACACGGUCGCCGCCGAGCGCAUCGUCGAGUUCGUCGGCGGCGGCCUGAAGUACCUGUCCGUCGACGCCCGCUUCGCCAUCGCCAACAUGUGCACCGAGUUCGGCGCCAUCACGGGCAUCUUCGUGCCGGACCGCAUCACCAGCGAGUACAUCGCUCGGCGGCGGCGGAAGGCCAACCGCGUCAAUUCGCUGUACUUCCGCCCGGACGCCGACGCCGAGUAUGCGGGAAGGUACACCAUCGACCUGUCCAAGGUCGAGUCGUCGGUGGCCGUGUACCCGAACCCGGACGACGUGGUGCCCGUGUCGCAGAUGGCCGGACGGCCGCUCGACGGCGUCUUCAUCGGCGCCUGCACCACCACCGAGGAGGAGCUGGUGCUGGCCGCGCUCGUGCUGAAGGCCGGCCUGGACCGGAAGCUGCCCCUGGCCAAGGGGAAGCGACACUACGUGCCGGGCUCGCUGCCCAUCGUGGAGAAGCUGAAGGACCUGAAGCUCCUCGAGAUCUACGAGGCUGCGGGCUUCACGCGUGGGCCGCCCGGGUGUUCGUACUGCGUGGGCCUCUCCGCCGAGCACGCCGACGAGGGGGAGACCUGGUUGAGUUCGCAGAAUCGCAAUUUCCAGAACCGCAUGGGCAAGGGCGCAUUCGGCCACAUUACCUCCGCCAUGGUCUGCGCGGCCUCGAGCUUCAGCAUGUCCAUCACAAGCCCGGCGGACUUCCUCAGGGACCUGGACAUGGACUUCUUCCAACGCUACCGUCCUCUCCCUGAGGCGGAUAUGGUGUCCGUGGAGUAUGUUGAGCCCGAGCUCAGCGGCUCUAGAGACGCGCAGACGAAGAACAAGAGCAGCAGCAGCCCCCUUACCACCACGGAGUGUCCCCCACAAGACACAGAUGCCGAGCCGCAGAGGAAGUUGGACAAGAUCACCAGCAAGAUCGUCACGCUGGGCGACUUUAUCGACACAGACGCGCUCGCGCCAGGAUACACACUGACCUCGUGCGUGACCGACGAGGAGUUCGGCCAGCACGUCCUCGAGCACACGCACCCGGACUUCCGAGCCAAAGUGCGCGACGGCCAGCAGGUCGUGGUCGCCGGGCACGCGUUCGGCGUCGGAUCGAGUCGCGAGAUGGCCGUGGGUGCUUUGAAAGGCGCCGGCGUCCAGGCGGUGAUCGCGCGCUCGUUCGCCUUCAUCUACGGCCGCAACCAGCCUAGCCUGGGCUUGCUGGGGGUCACGAUGACGGAUGAGGCGUUCUACGCCGUGGCGCAGGAAGGCGAGGAGAUCACGCUGGACAUCCCCACACGGACCAUCACAGUCGCCGGCCAGACGUUCCCCUUCAUUUUGUCCGAGAUGGAGUACAAUCUGACCAUCAACAACGGCGUGGCCGAGAGCUAUCGCAAGUUUGGAAAGGCCAUCUGGGAGCGGUUCACGGGCCGAGGCAAAAUGGAGGGGGAUGGGGAGGUUGAAAUGCCCAAGUCCAUGCUCAGUGGGGAGGAAGGCAAGACGGAGAAUAAGAAAUUGGACUGGUAA